AUGCUUCAACAUGAUGACACGGUGAUCCUCGCCUCACUUUCCUUGACCCAUGUCCAAUUCGACGCCCAAGACAAGAUCGCCUAUGCCUUCGCCUACAUCACCCUGUUGCCUCUCGCCAUUCUUGUGUUUUAUGCAUCUGUCAUUGUCAGCCGACGCGAGAUGGCAGGCAUCCUAAUGCUACUCGGCCAAUUGACAAACGAGGCUCUCAACGCAAUACUCAAGGAGUAUCUUCAAAUCGCUCGUCCACACUCUCAUCUUGGUACUGGUUAUGGGAUGCCGUCAAGCCAUGCACAGUUUAUGGCAUUCUUUGCUGUCUAUGGUUCCUUAUAUCUUUGGUCAUGUAUGCGGCUGGAUCAUAUCAUGUACAAGGUCCUUGCAACACUGGGUAUGGUUUCCUUGUCCCUUUUGGUGUGCUAUUCUCGUAUCUAUUUGGAAUACCAUAGUGCAAUGCAGGUGGCUGCAGGGAUGGGUGUUGGUAGCCUGUAUGGGUUGCUAUGGCAUUGGAUUUUGGAAUUUGUUAUUCGGCCCUCGGGAAUCAUUGAUCGUCUCUUGGAUACCCCACUCGCCAAAUUGUUCUACCUACGGGAUAUGCGUGCUAUCGACAAUGUCGCAAGAUGGGAAUAUCAUCAAUGGCUGCAACAACGUCAAAAGAGUAAAUGUAAGACCAAAUAA